AUUUUUGAACAGGAAAUCAUUGCGGUAACAGGAAAGUGGUGGCGGUGGGCUUCUGGCCUCCAUUCCUGGGCCACAGGACAGGCUCCAGACCUAAAACCUUAGAGCCAAGGCUCUGCAGGGCUGACACCUGGAGCAGAAGAUGCCCUACAGUGACCUGGGUAGGCACAUGCUGGAGUCCAUCCAGGCCCUGUGCCCAUCUCAGGCAGUACAAACGCAUCGGUGUCCUGGGGGCUGCCUCUGCCAGCCCCAUCCCGUCCCCUCUAAAAAGCACCUCACCCCCAAAAAAGCCUUUGUUGGGAUACAGAAUUUUUGGGAUGGAAAAUUAGGAUGUAUUUGGAUAGUGAGUGAUUGUCGGGAAAGGAAAUCACUGGGAUGGGAUUAUUUUUUUUUUUUUUCUUCAUUUAUUCUCGUUUCUCUCAUGCAGCACUUCAUUAGGGAAGCUUCCCAUGCCUGCCCUGUGAAUUGGAGCCUGGAUGGCCACCAUGGAUGGGAGCAGAUAGAUGGAUGGAGGGGGAAUCUGCUCCUGUCCUGCUGUGGGCACCCAUGGGAGAUGCAGGGAGUGCUGGGAGGAGCCGUUCCCACGGCACAGGGAAGCGGGGGCGGCCAGGGCUGCUUUGCAGUCAUAUAGACCUAUAUAGAUGCCUUGCAUGUAAUUGCUCUCCCGACUCCAUGCUUUUCUGGUCCUGGGAGUUUUGUCCUGGGACAGGAAUCAGCCAAGCCUGUAGGUCCAGGGCAGGAUUUUCCAGUCUGAUGCAUCUUAUUCCCAGGAGGGUUAUAAAGGGGGACUGUAAGAAAGAAGGGGACAGAUUUUAGCAGGAUCUGUUGUCGUAGGAUAUGGGGAAAUGGUUUCUAACAGCAAGAGGAGAGAUUUAGGCUGGAUGUAGGGAAGAAAUUUGCAGUGAGGUUGGUGAGGAACUGAAAUGUGUUGCCCAGAGGGAUGAUGGAUGCCCUAUAACUGGAGACAUCCACGGUCAGACUGGAUGGAGCUCUGAGCACCUGACUGAACUGUGGGUGUCCCUUUUUGUUGCAGGGAGUUGGGCCAGAUGGCCUUUAAGGGUCCCUUCCAACUCAAACCAUUCUAUGUUUCUUUGUGGAGCAGUGCGUUAUGCCAUCUGCUCCACAAAGUUGCUGCGUCCAUCCAUCCCUUGCUGGGGGAAAAGCACCUUUUUUGAAGGAGGGACCACACUGCUUUGCAUUCUGUCCCAAAGGGAAACUCCCUCCCUUCCUGCCAUCCUUGUCACUAGAGCUCAGCUCCUCCUAUGGAGCAGGACGUGCCCAUGGGACAGCUGGGGACGAGCCUUGUCCAAGCCCAGCCAAGGGGAUGCUGUUUGCAGGUGAGGAGGGAUCUCUGCUGCCUGCAGGGCUGAGCAUGGCGAGGGACGCAGCGCUUGCAAAACAGCCCUGGGAUGGUUUGGGAAGGUUUGGGCGGCUCAUCACCCCGCCUUGCACAGCCUGGCCAAGCCCAGACGCCCCAGGGAGGCCGGGGGAGCAGCCACGCAGCGUCUGGGCUCGGCGGCGGCCAACCUGUCAGGCAGGUUUCCUUGGAGCAGCCGACGAAGCCACCAGGGCCGGGCAUGCCCCUCCGUGCGCUCGCAGGCUGACGGCCGCCCGGCUCUUUCCUCACCACCGAAGCCAUGCGGGCAGCCGGGCUGCUCCUCGCUUGGGUGCUGCUGCGUCCUGCUGGCGCCCAGCAGUGCCUCCCCAGCAGCCCUGCUGGUGUCCUCCGCUUCACCGACACCCAUGCUGAAAUCCGAGUGCCGGCGCUGCACCGCGUGCCCAGCUCUCUUGACCCCCUCUAUGGCCUCGUCCGACACUACCUGGACCUCAUCCAGCAGAACCCCCUACCCACAGAGCUUCUCAGGGCAGCCCUGAACAACCCCAGCUCAGUGCGGGCAUCACAGGUGGUGCAGUACGAGCUGGGCUACGUCAUUUGUGCUGCGGUGGCUCUGCUCUUCACUGUGGCUGUGCCGGUGGCAGGGCUGUGCUUCUGCUAUUGCCGGAGUCGGCGGCGGUGCGGGGGCCGCCUGCGUGCCCAUCGGCGUUCCCUGGCCUGCCGGCGCCGCUGCCUCCUUGUCUGCCUCUCCAUCACCUCCAUCAUCAUCCUGACCAGCGCCAUCUGUGCCUUGGUCACCAACCAGCGAGUGAAGGAGCAGAUGGAGCCGGGGCUCGGUGCUGUGCCGGCCACGCUGCGCACACUGCGGCAGCACAUUGCCAACAUCCCCCAGGGUGUGCAAAUGGCAGUGGACCAGUUUGAAGUGCCCCGGCAGCAAAUAAUCUCUGACCUGGGGGGGGUGAGCCGCAGCGUGGGGCUCUCCAUCCACACACAGCUGAAGGCAAUGACCUACGCAGCACUGGCAGACCUGCAGGACAGGGCGGCAGACCUACAGACCUCGCUGCACCAUUUACAGAUUCUCAACAAGACGGUCCGAGUGCUGACAGAGGCACGGGCUGAGCUGGAGCCGGCACUGCAGGAGCGACGGCAGCGUGUGGUCGCACUCCUGGACGAUCCGCGCUGCACCUCCUGUGCCAGCGUGCUGGGCAGGGCACAGAGCCUGCAGCUGGGCGCUGACUACAGCAAGGUGCCCUCGGUGGAGAAGGUGUUGAAGACGUUGGUUGGUCUGCCCCGAAGUGACUUUGCAGAGAUGAUUCGGCAGGGCAAUGGUACUUUCAAUUCUAUCCCAGAGCUGGCUGUGGAGAGGAUGGCACAAGUGAUCCAGGAGCUGAGGGAGGAGAUGGCCCAAGUGUCAGAGAAGGUGCAGACCAUAGCCGAUGGCUUCCCCCUUCCUGACUACACCCGGCACGUCAACAAAGCCCUGCUGAAGGCAGAGGACAGGAGUCAGCCUUUCCUCCGGGAGGUGGAGCGCUUCGAGUGGUACAGGUGGGUUGCAGGCACGGCGCUGUGCUCCAUCGUCCUCCUCAUUGUCGCCUGCAAUGUGGCUGGGAUGGCUCUGGGUGCAUAUGGACUGUCCAAGCGGGAGGACCCAAGCGACUACGAGUGCCGAGGAGAAGCCGGUGCCAAGUUUCUCAUGAUCGGCGUGGGCCUGGGCUUCCUGUUCUCCUGGCUCCUCAUCCUCAUGGUUUUCACCACCUUCGUGGUUGGGGGCAACGUCCAGACGUUGGUUUGCAGGAAUUGGGUCAACCAGGAGAUUUACAAGUUUAUUGACACCCCUGGGAACCUCCCUCCAUCCAUGAACCUCACCCAGCAGCUCAACCUCAGGAGGGAUUCCAACCUUACUGCUGCAUACCGGGAGUGCAAGAGUGGCGCGGGGCUGUGGGAGGUGCUGCAGCUGGAGAAGUCCUACGACCUGGAUGAGCACCUCAAAAGCCCUAAGUACACGGCCAACUUCCAAAAACGCCUGGCUGACUUCACGGCACAGCUGGGGGAUGUGCGGCUGCUCCGCAGUGAGGGCAGGAACGACCUGGAGACCUUUGCCCGCAGCGGUGUGGAUGAGGUGGACUAUGGGAGCUUCCAGGAGGAGAUGAAGAUCCCUGUGGUGCAGACCAGCCUCCCUGCUCUGGCUCGGAGCCUGGAGGGGCUGCAGAAGAUGCAGAGGAAUGGCACGGUGGCGGGACGGCUGGCUGCUGAGGCCAAGGCUCUGUGGCGGAUGCAGAACUCCACGGUGCAAACUCAGGAGGCGCUGGUGGUGAAGCUGGGGGAAAGCGUCCGGUUCCUUUCACGCUUGGCACCGCACCUUCAGGACCGAGUGAAGACCACGCUGGCCACCAUUGCAUCAGUGGAAGCCCGGCUGCCUGUGCAAGCCCAGCAGAUCCUCCGGCAGGAGAUUGGCUGCUUCACAAGGAAGGAGCUGCGCUACUUUGCACAGUACCUGCACUGGGUCGGACAGACGCUGAGGGAGGAUGUGGCUUCAUGCCAGCCUCUCGCCACAGCCCUUGACAACGGGAGGGUGAUCCUGUGUGAUCGCAUUGCUGACCCCUGGAAUGCCUUCUGGUUCAGCCUGGGGUGCUGCACCUUCUUCCUCAUCCCCAACAUAAUCUUUGCCGUCAGGCUCACCAAGCAUUUCCGCCCCAUCCGCAACCGGCUCAUCUCUACAGGCUCAGAGGAGACCUGUCCCUUCCACAUCCCUCGCGUCACGGCGCUGAAGCUCUAGGUCAGGCUCUGCAGGGACACCCGUCUCCAUGCGCUGUAGGGCUCCAGGUCCUUGCAGCACCUCUUCCUCGGUGUCUGAGUACCACCAGGGACCUCCCUGGAGCCUGGCUGACCAGGGACCUCAGGCAGCGUCCCUGCAGCUCCUUCUGACUGCUGGCUCUCCUGCUGCACACGCAGACCCCGCUGCGAUGCAUGCCUGGCUCCCUCUCGCCCACUGCAGCCCUCCUGCAGCAGCGCCCUGCAAUGCUUCUCCACUCCUGGGAUGGAGCACAUUAAA